GGGGAGGGCAGCGGGGGAGCAGCACCUGCGGCACCGGGCUGGGCAGGGCGGGCUGUGCCCGGGCCGGGGCCGCGCCGGCCCCGCGGUCCCGGGGAGCGGCCCCACGGGCCUCGCCCGGCCCCGCCCGGUGCGGGCGCCUCCUGCCCUCCUGCCCCGUGCGGGGCCGGGCCGGCUGCUCCGCCAUGGGCAGCGGUCCCCGCUGGCUGCCGGCGCUGCCGCUGCUGCUGCCGCUGCUGCUGCCGCCGGCGCUGCCCCGCCGCGCCCCGGGCUGCGCCGCCCGCGGGCUGUGCUGCCCCGGCCGCGACCCCGCCUGCCUGAGCGCCGGCCGCCGGCCCGACGGCUCCGCCGGGCCCUGCUACUGCGACCAGGAGUGCGCCCGCACCCUCGACUGCUGCCACGACUACGCCCAGGCCUGCCCAGUUGUCCCCUGUGUCGUGUCUCAGUGGAGCGCCUGGAGCGGCUGUGCAGAGCCCUGCAGGACAACCCAUCGUGUGCGGGUGCGGCGCAUCCUGCAGGAGCCGCGGAACGGCGGGCACGCGUGCCCUGCCCUGGAGCAGAGGGCCGGCUGCGUCGAGUACUGGAGCCGGCAGGGAACCGAGUGCCAGCAGGCCCUCGUCCCAGCACUAAUAACCACGGGAGGGUUUGGAAAAGCAAGGAAGAAAAGAGCUUCAGCUGAUGGCAGUGAAAGGGCAGGGUACUGUGUGGAGUUCCAGCUGGUGGCCCUGGCGCCGGGCUGCCGGCACCGCCAGCCCUGGCACACGCGCUGGACGCGCCGGCUGGGCGAGGGCGGCCCGGUGUGCGUGGAGUGCCGGGCGCCGGCGCUGCGCCGCGGGCAGCGCUGCCGCGGGGACGGCGCCACCAGCCAGCUGAAUCAGCUGUUGCACUGGCAGGCGGUGGGGAACCCUCGGUGCAAGGGAACCUGGAGGAGAAUUCGCCAGCUGGACUCCUGUUCCUGCCCUUCUGUUCACAGCCUCUUGUUCAUCUGACCCCUCCGGGCAGCCCCAGCCAAAGCAGGGACCUCUCUGUGCCAGAGGCUUUCACUGCCUGUGCAGGGCACCUGGAAUCCUCUCCGUGUGUGCUCCUCCAUUUCCAAGGAAACCAGGCUGCCUGGGAAGGGCCCAUCUCUUUUUUCCCUGAGAGAGUCUUGUCUCACCUUGACGACUUCUUGCAAUUCCUCCUUUCUUGAAAGGAAUGAGAAUUUACCAAAUAACAAAUCAAACAAAAAAGGCCGUAAGAAGCCAGGUUUAACUGUUCUUUUUUAAAAGUCUCAAUGAAGAAGCGACAAUUCAAAAUAAAUUAAUCCAAGUGCCUUCUUUUUGUAGCAACAGGGCUCUGUGGGUCAAAUCUGUGAGAAUAGGGACAAACUGGCCCUUGGACUUCAGCUUCAAGGAACUUCUCUGGGCUGGCCCAAAAUGCAGUGCAGUCCUGGGGUCUAAAUAAGAAGUCAGCUCAGCUGUGCCAGGGCUGACUACAGUCUUGUGGUUUUGACUGGGAAAUACUUGCAAUAUUUUCCUUAUUCUGCUUACUAAUAUUCAUACUUUUCUAUAAAUGAAAAUAAAGGAGACUGGAGAUAUUC